AUGACUCAGAAAUGCUUUCGCUGGAUAUUACGGCUAGCAUUCUACGAGGUUUCAAGGAAAAUAGCUGUUGCCAAAAAGCUCCACGAUAUCGGCGAAGAGUUGAUAUUACCUUGCUGCAAAGAUAUCAUAUCGAAUGUGUUGGGAAGUUCUGAACUUCUGAAGCUGAAGCAUGUCUCUCUCUCAAACGAUACUCUUGAUGAAACGACGGAUGUUGCCAACGUGACCCACCUUUGCGUCUGUCUACGUUAUGUAUUUAACAAUCACCUGGAAGACGAAUUCCUGUUUUGCGAAACCCUCAACACCAAAACAAUCGCAAGGGAAAUAUUUAACAAAGUGGACAAAUCUUUUGAGGUUCAUGAUAUCAACUGGGAGUAUGUCAUUUGCGUGUGCACCGACGGCGCUCCGGCGAUGGUUGGUUGCUGUUCCGGUUUUCAAACUUUGGUGAAAGAAAAAUCCCCAGGUGCUAUUGAUACACACUGCACAAUUCAUCAACAAGCACUAAUUGUGAAAACAAUGCCUGAUGAGUUAAAAAAUGUUCUGAAACCGCGGUGA